UCUCUUUUAUGCUCUAGCUGUGGUUAGAAUUACAAUCGUAACGAUUGUACACGGGCUGAGAAACAAAAGUGAUCAAAAAGAGGGGAUACCCUUAAACAUAGCUCUCUUACCACAUCGUUUUUCAUUUAUCUCAACUGCAUAACGCUCCUCUCUGCGCUAGUAUUAUGGGAUAGUGUGACAGUCGUUAUUUUAAUUAUAGAACUUAUUAUUUUCAUUUAUAAACAUUUUAGAAAAUGGCUAGUUCAAGCACACAAGAUUUGAUUGUCGAUGGGGCGGAGUUGAGCCAUCCGAUAACCAUCAGACGGGGCAAAACAUCCCGUAUAUAUCAAGUUAUUGCAUAUCCAACACAGCUAACAAGAAAGACAACAAAUGGCUACCUUGAUGGGACAACAACACCAGAUCCAAAAACAAUUAAAAAAUGUCGAUGGCAUACUGCUGGAAUAAUUCGAUUUCAUGUCAACCCCGAAACCGGUGCAAUCUUUGAAGCACGACCGGACUUACAGGAACUUGAAGUAACACUUGAAUGUCUUUUGGACGAAUCUCACAAACAACAAUUGGCUACACGAGCUGAAGAAAUUUACGGAUUGGAGUUCACAACCGAUAAUUUUGUCAUUUGUCCAUUUCAAACAUUUCUUGCACAAUUGACGAUCAGCAUUAGUGGCGUUACGAAAACGUUUUAUGGAACAUUGGUUGAUAACAAAGAAUUGCAUCCAAUGCGAGUCAUUUUCAAUAUCGAAAAUCGAGACGAAUUAUCCGAAAUCACUUCAAAACUCGAUCGCCCACGCGAUCAUGAUAUUGUAUUGCGUUACGACUACAGCCUAAGUGGCACUUCAACAGCCCGUGCUUCCUUGACAAUCAGCGCUGAAGAAGUGAACCGAAUCGAUUUGGAAAAGCAAAUAUUUGGCAAGAGCAAAGCCGAAAGUAUGGUGGUGAGUCGAUCAGUUAUGGAUAAAAUCACGGCUAGCAUUACAACCAAAUUGAGAGUUGUGGAAGAUAUCGGGGUUGGUGGGUCGUCAUUCGGACAAGAUUUAAUCAAACAAGAAAUUGCUAAUGCCAUGUCUGCCAGCGGCUUCCAAAAAUUCAGUAUGGACGAUAUAAGACAAAUGCAAAGCGGCGACACGGACAUUACCGACGAUUUAAAGGCAAAUAUAAUUAAUUCAGUGUCGACAAGCAAUGCCAAUAGCGCAGAAUCAAGUCAUCACAGUUUGGACCAGUCAUCAUCAGCCGGUUCAUCGGACAUUCUGCAUGAAAAAAGUGAUGCCAAUCGCAUGUCGGGAAGUCAGUCGUCUAGCUCAUCACAAAGCAGUGGAUAUAAAGGGGGUCUUACUUUACCCAGUGCUAUACCUUUAAUUGGGGGGCUUGGGCUUAGCGGCGAAAAGAACAACAGCAGUUCAAAUGAAUCCGCGACAGGCUUUGACAAUUCAAACAGUUCGGCUAAUAAAGAUCAUGAAAAAUUAUCUAACGAAUCGUCGCUCUUGGACGAAAAGUCUGGUAGCAAUUCAAGCUCCAAUUCUAAUAGCAACGCAGUCCAAGGUCAAAUAAGACAAGCAAAGAACAUCGACGCGACAAUCGUUCAUCGAUCCGAAAUAGCAAAAGGUUUCACUAUUUCGUUGGAACGGUGGCAUCAUCAAUUGGCGACGACAAGCAUAAAGGGUCGAUUAACAACAAAAACAGACACAGAAAUGCUGGAGGACGUUCAAGCAAAAGAGAAUGAAGAACGAGAAAAACAAGCACGAAAAGAAGAAGAAAAAAAAAAGGCACAGAAAAAAGCGAUCCAUCAAGAAUGCGAGUUAACGUUGCAACAAAUCGAUGAUCUCUUACACGAAAACGAUAGUCUGGAUGAAGAAAAAUUAAAAGAAAUGCAUGCAGAAUUUCUGGAACUCUGCAUAUUAGAUCAAGACAAUAAUGGAACAUUAAAUUUUACUGAAUAUGUAACGGCGAUGCACAUUCAUGAAUCGGAUGAUUUAGAAGAUAGUCUUCGUUUGGUAUGA